AUGUGUGUGACCGUGGAGGUUGCGCUGCCAACCAUACGCACAUUCCUUUUAGUGUUUUCAUUGCGAACAGGAUGCUUUAUAAUACUUUUUUGGACUUCAUUUCGAUCAUGCUUCGAAGUCCUGUUCUUCGCGUCAGCGAUCCUAGAAGUGCUGGUGCGGCGCAAGUCACCCCUGGGGGCAUGGAUAGUGCCACGUAACAAGAAGUAUUACGACGAUGACAACUUUUACUCAAUCUAUUAUUUGUACGUGGUGAUGCUGGUGAUUGAAGCGAUUCUGCUGCUGUUCACAGUCGUGUACUUAGCAUGGGGAUUGUGCUGGGAAAAACGCAAGCCACUCAAGCACUACCUGUGCUGCCGCAUCCUCACAUGGGUCAUCGAAGUGAGCGUUUUGUUCACGCUCUGCAUCGAGCACCAACUCCUCAUCGGGUGGUACCUGGUUUUGCUUCUGUUCGUCACUUUGGAGCUGUACUCGAUAAUAGCCGUUUACAGUUACUACGUGAAUAUAACGUACAUUGACGGCGACAUAAAUCGUAAAUAUUCAGAGGAGGUGCAGAACGUGUUCAGCUUCUACCCAAGUCCGAAAAGCAAGGAGAGAACUUGGACCACCAAUACGCUUCUAGAGGGAAUAUAUCGAACA